UCAAAAGUGGCGCGCGUUUUGACACGUGUGACAAAGUGUUUUUUUUAUUUUAAUACUUAAUGGCUGCAAUUUCAAUAGUGUUUUAAUUUUGUUGCCAGUCAACUCUUAAAAUGGAAGAUGAAGCCGACAUGCCUGUCAAAGACGGGUUGAAGAAGUCAUUGAUUGGUGUCAUAGACGAUGGCACCAAAACUGUCAGAUUUGUGAUAUAUGAAGCGGAACGUUCAGAAGAGUUAGUAGCUUACCAGUUAGAUAAAACAGAAGUACAGCCGCAAGAAGGAUGGUAUGAACAGGAUCCUAUGGAGAUAGUGAACCACAUCAAAAUAUGUGCUGAGAACGCUAUUGGACAGUUGACUGAGUUAGGAUACUCUAAAGAAGAUAUAGUGACGUUAGGUAUAACGAAUCAGAGGGAGACAACGAUAGCGUGGGACAAAUAUACAGGAGUUCCACUACAUCCUGCUAUAGCUUGGAAUGACAUACGAACAGACAGCACUGUGGACGCUAUUCUAGCUAAACUACCUGAUAGAAAUAAGAAUUAUCUGAAGAAUAUCAGCGGGUUACCUAUCAGCCCUUAUUUUAGUGCUCUCAAGAUGCGUUGGAUGAAGGAUAAUAUAAAAGCAGUGAGGCGAGCAAGCAGGGAUAAAAGAUUGUUGUUCGGUACUGUUGAUUCUUGGAUUGUUUGGAAUUUAACCGGAGGUCCUCAAGGUGGUCUGCAUAUAACAGAUGUGACAAAUGCUUCUAGGACUUUACUGAUGGACCUCGAUACAUUAAAUUGGGACCCUAUGCUCUGUAGGUUAUUUGGUAUACAUAGAGAUUCUCUGGCACAAAUACGAAGUAGUUCUGAAUUGUAUGGAGUUGUAAAAGAUGGCUCCAUUUUGGAUGGAUAUGAGAUAUCUGGGACAGUUGUAAAUGCGAUAAUCUGCGGUUUAACAGCCUUUACGACAAAGAACCACAUCAUCAGAGCGGCGCUGGAAGCGGUCUGCUUCCAAACUAGGGAUAUUCUAGAAGCAAUGAACAAGGACUGCGGCGCGGCGCUGAGCAAGCUGCACGUGGACGGGACCAUGUCCGCCAACAGCCUGCUGAUGCAGCUGCAGNNNNUAAUGAGUAAUUGGUGUGCAGUGCGCGCGCACUCGUGGGACAUGUCUGCGCUGGGCGCGGCGGUGUGCGCGGGGCGCGCGCGCGCUCUCUGGCCGCUGGACCAGUGGCGGCAGGCGCACCACGACACCUUCCUGCCCACCACCACCGACGACGACCGAGAUGCAAGAUAUACAAAAUGGAAGAUGGCGGUGCAGCGCUCCCUCGGCUGGGCUACAACAAAGAAAUCCAUCGUAAUGACAGAGGAAAGAUACAAACUGCUGGCUUCAAUUCCUGCAACUUUGUAUAUAAUGGGAAGUUUCGCGAUGCUAGUCAUGUCAAAUAUACUUAAAAAUAGUUGAUAAGUCAAAAUGAUACUUAUGUCUUUGUGUUAAGGUCGAUUUUUCCAUUUGACAUGGGUAAUGGUAUUUUUGUUUUUAAAUUUAUUCCUGUGUUUAAGAUCUCAUUUCAAGGGCUGUAGAAGGUAUAGACGUUUUUUCAAUUAUAUGGGUGUUUGGAAAUUAAUGUUCGUGUCUAAACUUUUUAUAACUCUAUACUAAUAAUACAACUUUCAGGGCUUUUCCCACCAAAAUGUAAAUUGUUUGAUAACAAUUCAAUGUAUAAAAUAUGUGAAAUAUCGUAUUUUGUUACCUUAUCUGAGUGACGUCAUUUUUAAGCUAUCUGAGCCUCUAUCAGCCAGUAGUGGGACAAGCUCUUUAAGUUACAUAUUGUCAAUGUUCGGAGGUUACAUUUUUGUUCUUUAACCUAUAUUAGCAGAGUAUGGGAAGAGGAGAUAUUGUCUCUCCUCUGAUUGUUAGGCAACGUAUUCACAAUCUUGUUAGGAUAAAAAACUAGAUAGCAUUUAUAUAAGUGAUAAUUAAAAAGACAAUCUGAUUUUAAGUAAAAAUAAAUUGUCAGAUUUCUAAUAGACCAAGUGUAGAAUCUAUCGGCAACAUACACAGUCUAGGAAGUUAAUUUCCUACCCAUUUUGGUCAAAUUAAUACAAUUAUGUUCACAAGCUUAUCUGACCCGGCGGACGUACUAAGAAAUAAUGACGGCUUCUUUUAGUACUGUAGUUGCCUUA